AUGGUCUACAUCAGUCAGUCUCUGCAUGAGGCAAUUAUGCAAGACCCUGAGAAACUUUACAGAGUGUUAGAAGUGGACAAUCAAGCAGCUGACAAUAAUAUUAAGGAUAAAUACAGAGAACUAGCUAAGCUUCGGCACCCAGAUAAAAAUCCGCAUGACCCUGAUGCUACCAGAAAGUUCCAGGAGUUACAAGAUGCAUAUGAAAUCCUGGCUGACGUUAGAGAUCGCAAAUGGGUGGAUGACCUGAUUCUCUCGCGCAAGCGGUUCAAAGAAGCCCAAGGACAGCACAAAUCAGCAAACCCUUUUAGUACAAGUGGCACCGGGAACGAGACUAUGUCAUCCGACAACUUGAGGUCAAUGUUUCGGGAGCAGAUGCACCGGAACAGUCCUCCAAAUCCAAAGAAAAACAUCCUAUCAUUGAGCAACAUUGGUCUGAUCAUAGGAAAUCGACUCGGAGACCAGCUGAGCGCAAACAUCAUAAGUCUGGCAAACAACAUCAAAAGAGACCCAGUAUUUUUGAUGAUGACAGUUAUUCAAGCGCAUCCGAAUCAAAAGUUCCGCAUAGAAGUGAUUUAA